UACUUCAGUAGAUUAGAAUGUUCUGACAACAAUCCAGGCCAAGUCAAAAAUCGAUGAUUGCAGAAAUAAAUCGGUAUACAAUGAUUCGAGAUGGUUUUCUGAAUAACUAAGUGAUGUUGUUCUAUACAUGCUUUAAGUUGGGUUUGCUAGGUUGAAAUGGAGCUGGUAGAGCUGGUAACUAGUGGCCAAUACCUGAUCACUGUUUGAUUGAGUAACUAAGUAGAUUUAAUUCAUCGUUAUAGGCAUGAUUGUAAGGCACCAAAAUUGAUGUACAUUCAGCUUGCGUUUUAUUGUGUAUGUUGGGUAGAUAAUAGUUUGGAAGCCUGUGGCAUUAGUAUAUUUUAGCCUUCCCAAAAUGAUAUUACAGUAUCCAUUAGCAGUUUAUUUUGUUCUGCUUGAAGCAUGGAUAUUAUCCAACUAAUAACAUGACAACAAUUUUUUCAUGAUGUGUUCUCACCUUUAAUUUUGCACUAACAUAUUUUCUAUUCUGACUCGUGAUGCGUUUACUGGCUGCUGGCUGGCAUCACUUUCAUCAGGGUCCAAUAUUUCAUGAUGGGAUGAAGGAAUGGAGCUGCUGCAAGCAAAGGAGUCAUGAUUUCAGUUUAUUUUUGGAAAUUCCUGGGACAGGAAAACAUACAACUGAAAAACCAGUGCUUGCCAAAAAGGCACCUCCCGUUCAGAGGCAACCGGUUGCUGCUCAAAUUCCCACAUCCAAUGCAUCUACAAAAGAUGCUUGUCCUAGGUGCCGCCAAGGAUUUUUCUGCUCUGACCAUGGUUCAAAUGUUAGAGAAUUGAAGCCAAAACCUUCCGCGAGUGAAUGUAGUGAAACCAAUCCAGAACCAGAGCCCCCUAGACAGAAGAAGAUUGUCGAUAUAAACCAACCUCAAAUAUGUAAAAAUAAGGGGUGUGGUAAAAGUUUUAAGGAGAAAGAUAAUCAUGAUGAAGCAUGCAGUUACCAUCCGGGCCCCCCGGUUUUUCAUGACAGGAUGAGAGGGUGGAAAUGUUGUGACAUUCAUGUUAAAGAAUUUGACGAGUUCAUGAGCAUACCACCGUGCACGAAGGGAUGGCACAAUGCUGACCCAGUUUCAUGAUCAAAGAUUUACUUAAUCUGCUGAAAGGUUUCUUUUUUUGUUAUUGGACUGGACUUAUUUGUGGCUGGACUCUUAUUGAUGCUGCAGGUUGCUGUGACUUCUACCCUCUUGGACCUUUUCUAUAUUUCAUUGAGAACUAAAGCCUCGUGUUUUACUAGUGAUCUCAUAUCAGUCAUGCUCUCAGCAUUGUUUCUUGUUUUUUCGCAGAGUUCUUCGAUUCAUACCUCAAUCGAUUCAUACCUCAAUAUUAUCACAAUUACAAUUCUUAAAUAACACAUUAAUAGUUUUUUCUGUAAAAAUUAU